CGUGUGUGCUUCCUGACUGUCCUUUGUGGCUUGUGAGGAGUGCUGAUCACAAUAUGUCUUCAGGAAAUGCCAAAACUGGGCACCGUGCCCCCCAGUUCAAAGCAACUGCUGUAAUGCCAGAUGGUCAGUUCAAAGAUAUCAGCCUAUCUGACUACAAAGGAAAAUAUGUUGUGUUCUUCUUUUACCCUCUUGAUUUCACCUUUGUGUGCCCCAUGGAGAUCAUUGCUUUCAGUGAUAGGGCAGAAGAAUUUAAGAAACUCAACUGCCAAGUGAUUGGUGCUUCUGUGGAUUCUCACUUCUGUCACCUGGCAUGGAUCAACACACCCAAGAAACAAGGAGGACUGGGACCCAUGAACAUUCCCUUGAUAUCAGACCCCAAGCGCACCAUUGCUCAGGACUAUGGGGUCUUAAAGGCCGAUGAAGGCAUAUCAUUCAGGGGCCUUUUUAUUAUUGAUGAUAAAGGUAUCCUUCGACAGAUCACCAUAAAUGACCUUCCUGUUGUCCGUUCUGUGGAUGAGACACUGAGACUAGUUCAGGCCUUCCAGUUUACUGACAAACAUGGGGAAGUAUGCCCAGCUGGCUGGAAGCCUGGCAGUGAUACCAUGAAGCCUGAUGUCCAGAAGAAGAGCAAAGAAUAUUUCUCUAAGCAGAAGUGAGCACUGGGCCAUUUUAGGGCCAGGCUGCAGUAGGUAGCCACGAGAACAAAACCUCUUUUGUACUAUUGUCAUGCUUAAAAAACAAGACCUUACACUCAGCCCAGAUGUGGUGUGGGACAGGACAGGCCUUUCCUGCAGGGGUUGGGGAGGCCAGCCUUUCUUCCUCUGGAGGGAAUGGCCUGAGCUGUAUUAUGGGUCAGACAAACUGAUGUGUAGAGUAGUAGGGUAUCACUUUUGGUCUUUUGUAGUUUUAUUAAACUUGAGCUGAGAAAAAAA